CAUAAUAAGGAAGUAAAUAUCAUCUUUUAAAAUUGUAUAGUUUUACAAAAGUUUAAAAGAACCGAUAGUGUUUCAUGCAAUUUAUUUCUCAAGAUACAUGAACUGAAGUUUGAAUUAAAAUAUGUGUACGAUUUUAACGGAAAGUGACUUUGAUCAAGUUGAAUCCUGGAUCGGAACUGGACCAAAAACAUUCAAUCUGCUGUACAGCAUAACAAGGGAUGGCUGUGACACGAGUGUGUUUCAUCAGAAAUGUGACAACCAGGGACCAACACUAACAGUCUUGUACAACAAGGAGGGUUCCGUGUAUGGAGGAUACACGGGGUUGAGCUUGGAAUCGGGUGCUGGAAACAGAAAUGACAACUCGGCAUUUUUAUACCAGUUGUAUUAUUCUGGCCUGAACACGCCUAAGAAAUAUUCAGUUAAAAUCGGACAAGCAGCCAUUUGUUCAGCACCACACUUGGGUCCGUUAUUUGGAAGUAAUACUGCGUAUGACGUAUUAACAUUUCAUAGUAUCGUUCAAAAGUCUUCUUCGGGAGAAUACAAUCUGAAUGGUGACAUGCAAACAUACUUCGGUAGAAAUUACGACACUGCGGGAAUAUCAUCCAAGGAAUUCAACAACGGACACAUUAGAGUGACAGAGCUGGAGGUUUAUGCCGUCAAAGAUGUCAAAAGAAAAACGCCGGCCUUACCAACUCCAUGGCGGAAAACUGCUGAAUUUGGGACAAAGAUGUUGGGGUGCUUGAAAGAAGAAGUCAAAGGCAUUCAACCGCCAGAAGGACUUGACGUGCCACAUUUCAACAUUCUAUUGUUGGGGCCUUUAGGCUCGGGUAAAUCGAGCUUCUGCAAUUUGGUGGCUUCUGUGUUUCGAGGGAGAAUAUCUCACCGCGCAAGAGUAGGUGGUAACGCGCAAACCAGCACAACAACCCAGCUUACGCCUUACACGUUUGGGGAUACAGUCAGCCUUCAGCUCUACGAUACGAGAGGCGUAGCGGAGACGGACACAUUGGACCUUCUGCAAUGCAAUUUCAUUCUUGACGGUCACGUUCCGGAUUUUUAUGAGAUGUCACCAACACAUCUCUUAAAAUGUGACGACGCCGAAUUUCGUCAUCAAGCCGCGUUAAAAAACAAAAUCCACUGCGCUGUGUUUGUACUGGAUGGUUUGAUUGUUGGCGAUAUGUCCAAGUCAAUGCUGCAAAAACUACUGUCCUAUCGGGAUCUAUUGAACAGAAAGGGAAUACCACAAGCGGCGUUGAUCACAAAAAUUGACAAACUCUGCGAGCAGUCGGCUGAGAAUAUUAGUAACACUUUCCUUAGCCCAGCAGUCAAAGACCUUGUUUACAAUGUUGCGGACCUACUGAACCUUCCACGGAACAGCAUUCUGCCUGUUAAAAACUACGAGGAGGAAAUGGAAAGCGACGAGAACAUCAACAUCCUUGCUCUGCUUGCUGUCAGACAGAUCCUUUUCUUUGCAGAGGAUUAUUUGGAAAACAUGAAAGAUAAGCAAAGUAGAAGUAGGGGAAAUGCAAAUAGCGGUCAGGCUCAUAGUGAUGUGCGCGGAUCAGACACUGCCUAAAUAUUUUCAUAAACUAACGUGGAAAAUGUUAAAGACAUCAAAUGAUUAACUUUACUGAAAACGAAUACCAGUAAUGCUUUCUAUAUCAUUCUUCAAAUGGGAUUGACGGUGAAGAGUUUGGAGCAUACACUGCUUAAAUAAUUUGAUGUAUACACAUGUUAACGUUCUUUUCACCGUCAAAUACUUAAGGUGUUCGAUAUUUAAAUAUGUAUAUUUGGAAGGCAUGGUUACCCCAUAUAAGUUUGGGUGUUCUUUGUAGAGAGAUGAAAAAAUAUACCGAGACACCUUGUUAUUGCAAAAUAGGUCAUUUCAUAUCCGAUUUUAAUUGAAAUAAAGAAAUAAAAUAAGACAAAAAUUACUUUAUCUUAAUGUAAGUUCGGUCAUCUAUUUAACAUAUCAGUAAUCAGUAAGCAAUUCUUUUCAAAUGAUACCAGCCAUGAAAGGGUCACCAUGCAUCGAAAUUUGAUGGUACACGGGAUUAAAUAAAAUCAUCAGACAAAUAGAAUAUUCGAAUACCUUUAAAUUUUAAUUUCAACAUGUAGUGUUGAGAUAGUAAGAAUUUGCAUGUGAACACUAUGGAAAUUAAACAAUGAUUUCAAAUGAUUUUCAAAUGAUUUUGACAUAGUUUGAAUUUAAAAUGUUACAUAAGCUUUGUUUGAACAAGUGUAUCAUUUGCAUACUUUUGUUUAAGACGUAUCCAUUUGUUAUUACCUAUGUACGUUGUAGAUUGUUGAAACAGUAUAAAUUCAUCAUACUUUAUCUUUUCAUAUUUACUUUGCGAUAUAUCCUUAACCCCUUUAAACUACUAGUUAGCCUUGUUCUUUGCCACGAGAUAUCGAAAAUAAACAAGACCCAUACAGGGAAGCAGCUUCGCUUCAGCAAUUAUGCUAAUUAUUUGCAUGUAUGCAUAUAACCAACACUUAUUCCCUGUAAACUUUUUUAUUUUGAAUACAAAUAAAGUCCAGUGAAACUGGAAAGUCUCAGAGUUGUACUGC